AUGGUUUCUCUCGCACAACGGCUGGGUAAAUGGUGCCAGUUUCGUUUCAAAAAUCUGACGCUCAAUGUCCCUAUCACAAAAAUCACAAAUACUGGAACCCUUAGUCUACUAUUCAAGGACAAGGACGAAUACGAGAUGAAAGAUGUAGACGGGCCAUCUGGUCGCGUCUUUGUGGAGUAUAUAAUGUCACACACUUAUGAAGUCGACUACGAGACCGCAGAGGAAGACGAGGAUAUGGCUUUGAGAGAGUACAAGAUUGCACUCAAGGCCUGGGCUAUCGGAUGCAUGUAUAACAUCGAUGGUCUAGUUGUCCUAGCCAGCGGCCAUGCUGUCAAGUUGGCUGAGCUCCUGCAUCCUGUUCCGGCACUGGUGGCGACAGUUGAUACUCCCUUGGUGAUGGAGCAUAUCACCGGCAUCAUCCACGGAAUCGACUAUUUAACUGAGAGGCUCCUGCAGACCGUGACAAGACAAGGGGCGACAGAUCUUCUCUUGCUCGUGCAACCUCCCAAAACAGUGGGUUGGCUGUGGGCGACGAUCCAGUUGAUGCGGAAAGCCCACGGUUUAGGUCUGGAACGAGGCUGGUAUCUGAUUCGUGAGACCCUUCCAACCCUUAUGCCGGGAUUGCAAGAAUGUCUGCCGCUUCUACAAGAAAUCAGACAACUCACACGAGAAAUUGAGUAUGGGGCUCCUGAAGCUAUUGACCCCUUCGAUGACGAUGACGAUGCCGUGGAGCACGCUCCGAAUCCAUUCAAUCACUGGAUCCCAGAUGCCAAGCUCAAAUGUGGAAAAGUCAUGCGCGCCAUGGUCAGAAACUUCAACAGUAGUCAGAAGAUCGGCACCCGCAAUAAGGAGAAGCCGGCCGAGAGGGACAACUACUUUUUUACUAUUCAUUCUAUUUCAUCAGAUCAUCUUGAAGAUGAUAAAAGGACAACAAGCUCCUUCAAACAUGAAGCUCAGCAUCUCAUUCCAGACGAGAGCACAUGCAGCUGGAACUGUCCCCGCCCCUUCUCACAUUUGGGAGUGAGACAAGGGGUAUAG